GACCACAGCAUUUUUUGUGUGGUCAUAAAUCAGGCACAUUGUCUACUUCCUAAGGAUACGUAACCCUGCCCCCUCCAUUACUUUUCCUUCCUAUUUAGCCCUAUACCUACGUACGAAGCACAGGAGGAGAAUUUUGGAUACUGCUAACAAUAUGGGGUCCGGACCUAUAGACCCCCUUGAACUCCUGAAGGGGUUAGACUGUUUCCUUGGGCAAGAAGGAGAAGUAAAAGCUGUUGAUGCAAUGACCAAAAUUUACAACUUAAUGAAAGAAUCUAAAAAGCUGGUGAGCCGCUGUAUCUACCUUAACAUUAUCCUUCAGACACAAGCCCCGGAAAUCCUAUCUAAGUUUAUUCGUGUUGGCGGAUACAAGUUGCUGAAUAACUGGCUGACUAAUGCCCGCACCAAUAACAACAGCCCACUGCUACAUCAAAUUCUUCUCACACUGCAGCACUUACCUCUAACUGUGGACCACCUCAAGCUGAACAACACAGCAAAAUUAGUCAAACAACUCAGCAAAACUAGUGAGGAUGAAGAGCUUCGAAAGUUAGCGUCGGUUUUGGUCGGUGACUGGAUGAAUGUUAUCCGAACUCAAAGCAACCUCCUACCUCCAGAAAAGGAAAAAAAGAAAAAGAAAGAAGAUGCAAAAGUGCGAUCACCAGUGGCUGAUAAGUCUGCAGAGGUUAAAGCUGAAUCUCGAGUUGAAGAUCUAGGUGAUAAGAAGAAAGAGAAACCAAAAAUCCAGCGCACUACAGCCCCAAGUCAUGCGAAGUUCAGAUCUACCGGUCUUGAAGUUGAAGCUCCAUCUCCUGCCCCAAUCAAGAAACCAGCAACUGUUCCAGUUAUUUCUGACAAAUACUUGAAACCAGUCCCAGUAAAGAGGCAAGGGCCUGUACCCUCUGCCACCGAUGCUGCCCCUGCUGAGAAAAAAUACAAACCUCUUAAUACUACACCAAAUGCUGCCAAAGAAAUCAAAGUCAAGAUCAUUCCCCCUCAGCCUAUGGAAAGUUUAAAUUUUCUGGAUGCACUUAAUUCUGCCCCUGUUCCUGGAAUAAAGAUCAAAAAGAAGAAGAAAGCAGUUUCUCCAACCAGUAAUAAGUCAAGUCCAUUUGACAGCAAGUGUCAAGGAGAUACAACCAAUGUGAGCAAGCCAUCUUCUCCCGAUCCUGAGCCACCAGCUGAAGGGAUGGAUGUGGAGAGACCUGGAACCCCAGUUCCUGCUGUAGAACUUCCAGAGCCCAUGGAAACUUCUGUUCCUGCACCUGAGUCAACAGAAGUGAAGCCCAAUGAACCAGAAGUCCCUCAAUUAACUAAGAAGGGAAAGAAGAGAAAGACAGUCAGCUGGCCGGAAGAGAGCAAACUGCGGGAGUACUUCUACUUUGAGCUGGAUGAAACAGAGAGAGUCAAUGUAAAUAAGAUCAAGGACUUUGGUGAAGCUGCCAAACGGGAAAUGCUAAUGGACCGCCGCGCAUUUCAAAAUGCACGGCGGCUUAGUCAUGAUGCUAUGGAAGAAGUCACACCCUGGAUACCACCAAGACCCUUAUUGCUUCCAGGAGCUCUUGUACAAGUUGGCAGCAACAGCACUGAGAAACACACCCAAGCCGAGCGAGAGAUGGGUAUUCUGCAGGAAAUCUUUCUAUCCAAAGAGAGUGUUCCUGACACACCUCAUGAGCCGGACCCAGAGCCUUAUGAACCUUCCCCUCCAAAGCUCAUUCCACUGGACGAGGAUUGUUCCAUGGAUGAUGGGUCAUAUAUUGAGCCUAUGGAUCAAAGUGGAGCUUCUCUAUCUCCAGAUUUGUCGGGCGGUGCUAAAUUGCCUCCUGUGCUUGCUAACUUAAUGGGCAGCAUGGGUAAUGCAAAGGGCCAAUCUUGUCCCUUGCCAGACACAAUGCAGGAGAUCCUGACCUCCAUAAUGAGCGUCCAAGGCAAUGCAAAGACAGAGGAUUUGAUGAAACAGCCUGAUUUCUCAGAUAAAAUCAAACAACUUCUUGGAUCACUACAGAAUCAGACACAGAAUCCGAGCCAGGCACCACCAGGAUCAUCUGGACCUGGAAUGGCAGGACCAGUGCCAGCCAACAAUGGCUUUCCACCACCAGGACCCAAAAAUCCACAGCAGCCACCACCACCUCAGCAUUUUCCACCCCCUGGGCCAGGUGGACCUUACCCAGGGCCACAUGGACCCCCUGGUGGUCCACGGAUGAUGGGACCACCUCCUCCCAGAGAUGGUUAUUGGGAACCACCACCUAAUGACAUGAGAGGUGAACAUCACGAAAACAUGGGAGGAAGGGGAAGAAUGAGAGGAGGAGGCGAUAGAGGACAUCCUCCUCCAUUCCACAGAAAUCGGGGUGGAAGAGGAGGUGACCCAGGAUACAGAGGGAGAGGUGGAAGAGGUGGUGAAAGGGGACCUCCCGGUAGAGGAAGAGAUGGACCUCAUGGAAUGGAACAUAGAGGUUACGGUGGAGAACACAGGGGUCACGGUGGAGAACAUAGGGGUCACGGUGGAGAACAUAGGGGUCAUGGUGGAGAACAUCGGGGUCACGGUGGAGAACAUAGGGGUCACGGUGGAGAACACAGAGGGCACGGACAUGGUGGAGAUAUGUCUCUUCGCCCUGUCUGUCGGCACUUUAUGAUGAAAGGAAAUUGCAGAUAUGAAAAUGGCUGUGCCUUCUACCAUCCUGGCAUCAACGGCCCCCCUCUAUAGUAACCUUCCAAAGACCAUUUUAAUCAGUGUUUUCCUGGAAGAAAUUGAACAAGCAACUUGAGAAUUCUUGUUGGAUUUUCUUUUUAUUAUGGCUUCUGUGAGGCCCCAAACCUCUCCCCCACGAGGAUUAGAUCUGAGAAAAGAGCAGCUAAUUCCACCUGCCUCACAUUACCUUUUUGACUUUACUUGAAAUAACAUUUAAAAAAAAAAAAAGAGCCUAGUACCAAUCACAGAGUGAUCUUGGGAUUCUUACCUAUUCCGUUGACUGCAGAUUAUAAAGGAUGGAAAUGUCCAUUCAAUCCCUAAGAUGAAGGAUUAGCGUUGGGAUGGGGGAGGUGUAUUGGAAGCAAGAAAUGCUAUUGCGAGCAGAAAGAAAGCAAAUUAUGUGGUUAAAGGAGAAGAGACCUCUCCCAUUUGUGUAUUUUUUAUUUUAUUUUUUGUCUCCCGUUUCCUCUCUCGCUUUCUUAUUGCUCACUUGCACCUUUUACAAUUCUCCCAUACAAUUUUACCCUUUCUCAAGAAAUCUUCCAACCCUGUGUUAACACUAAAGCAGUGCUUUGUGACUCGAUGUUGUAUUCAGCUCUGCUUCAUUGUUCUUAAUGGACCUUCUAAGAAUGAGUAUUACACUGACUAAAAGCCCUACACUAAUGUGGGAAGACGUCUAAGGACACGUAUCAUAUGGACUCCUUUACUGGCUUUGGAAACCACUGACUCUUUUUUGACCACUUUUUUUUUUUUUUUAAAUAAUAUGUAUAAUGUCAAAUUGUAAUGAUGCUGAGCAUCUGUACAAUGUAUAUACUUACCAUGCUGCUCUGUGAAUGUACAGGGUAUCUAUAUACAAAUAAUGCCGAGUGUUUAUACUGUUGUGGCCUACACGUGAGGAGUGAUUCGCUGUCAAUCAGUAUACAAUGAGGAUUUUGCUGUUUCGAUACCACUUCAAUAUGGUCUUUGUCAUUAACCCUUCCCAGAACGUAUAUAUUUAAAUGCAGUAUUAACAGGGCACGCUCUGGCCUUUGUACCCUUUGACAUCACAGGAUGGGAGAGGGCAGAGUCCUAUCCUGUAAACUUGUUUUCUGUGAAAACUGUCCAAGAAUAUAUUGUAUUUCUUUUAAUUGUUACUUGCUUUUUAUGGGCACCUAGAGGGAGCCCUGACUCCAUGGUUUUCUUUUGUAUACUUUGUAAAUGAUAAAUAAACCAAAUGAGAAGGUG